AUGGCUGAGGUGGAAUUUCAGGCCCCGUUCGGACCCAGCAUGGUCCAAGGAGCGGAGUUCUGGGUGAAGAAAACUCCUCGCCACGCGUCAGUGUGGGGCGCCCUCAGCGAGCAGUCAGGGGUUUGCGUCCGCACACACUCCGGUUUGUCGCGCGGCGAGCGAUCGGGGACAAGCCAAUAA